AACAGGCGCGCGCAUGGUCAAACACCAUCAAAGAGUCUCAAAGUGAAGAUCUUUCAUGAUUUAAGCUAGUACCGGGAGGUUCUAUAGAAAACAAGCCUUGUAGCACUUGCCUCUGAGCGGUACAUGAUCCCCAAAGAAGAUCCCCGGCCCCCCAAUUCAAAGACAAUUCUCCUAACAAUUCUGUAGUGUUGGCCCCCUGCCCAGACUCCAGCUGGUAGGGCCUAAGGCUAGGAGUGCCGCUGUACACGUAACCUCCAAUUACCGAAGCCGUCAGCCCCAUUCAUUUCUUACAUCAGUUUCCAAAGGACCAUUUUCUGAUAAAAUCGUCCGCAGAUCAAUCCAACGCUGCCAGUCCAAACAAACAGGAGAAAAGCUCGCUUCCAUCUGACAUCGAUAUCAAGUACAAGAUUAACGAUUAACGAAGAUAUAAGAGUGACGGGCGAGUGAGAUUCCUUUGACGACUGAAAACAUCCUUUGGUGCUUCAUACCCCAGACUUCAUCCCAAUACCCAUAACCAUUAUCCCUUCAUUUCUUUGCCCAAGUCAUUUAGAACUCCAGACUUAUUGUCGCAUGCCAAAACUGCUGCUCCUCCUAAGCCCACCUCCUUAGGACUAGCCGCUUGGCCGCUCUUCUCGUUCUCUUCCAUACACACACCUCUCUCUGCAAGCCCACACGCCCUCCCCAGACCCAACGCAGACGGAGCCGGAAACCCUCUGGCUCUCAAGUGCACGCAGAAGCGGGAAACGGGGGCUCAAUUGAGUGUGUGACGACAAGCCCCAAACCUCAAAUAAACCUCCUCCCCCCGAUUCGGCACUCGAUCUUCUCCUCUCUCUUGAUAGAAUAUGCAUUCCUACUACAAGAUGGGCGACUCGGGUUUAGGAACAUUAUCUGGUGGUUUGCGAGGCCGUCGCUUCCCCAUUCGACUGAUCUUGUCCUACCUCUUCGACUGGAUUAUCUGCUUUGUCUUUGUUGGUAUCGGAGGUUGGCUCGAUCGAGUUGCGCCUGCGAAACGACCAUUCUCGCUUGUUGACCCUAAUAUCUCAUAUCCAUUUGCCGAACAUGAACUCGUCCCCGCUUACCUCUUGUUCGUCCUCGCCAUUGGCGUUCCUUUCGUCAUUGUCGCCGUCGUUUCCCUCAUAUUCGUUCCUGGCCCGACUGUACCUAAGGGUACCCCAAAGACUCUUAUCUGGCAACGCAAGCUCUGGGAGCUUCAUGUUGGUGUCCUCGGCCUCGUCCUAUCUCUGACGCUGUCAUGGUUCUUCACAAGCUCUAUGAAGAAUCUGUUUGGCAAGCCUCGACCCGAUCUCCUUGCCCGCUGCGAUCCCGAUUGGAAAAACAUCGACAAGUAUGUCGUUGGUGGUUUCAAGUGGCAGAGCAUGACAGGACAGCUUGUCUCGGCCGAUAUCUGCCAACAGACGGAUAAGUACAAGAUUGACGACGGUUUCCGCUCAUACCCUAGCGGCCACUCGUCGUCUGCCGCUGGUGGCCUCAUUUACGCCUCGCUCUUCAUGGCCAGCAAGUUCGCAGUUACUAUUCCCUUCGUGAUGCCCUCCGCUGCUGCCGUGGCAGGAGCAGCCAGCCAUGCGGCGUUCCCCUCUCGAAUCCACACCGGCUCUGUCGUCGAUCCUUACGAGCCCUCUCGCGCCCGCGGCCCAGAUGGAUCAUUUUCUUCUGUUCCUACAAAGGAACGCGCAGGACAAGAUAAUGCCAAGGUCCAAUCUCUGCGUCGCCAAGCUGCUGCGCCCCCGAUUUACCUCCUUGCUCUAGGCCUUCUCCCCUUUGGUGUCUCAAUCUUCAUUGCUGGUUCGCGCUGGCACGACCGUCGCCACCACGGUUUUGAUAUUCUCUUCGGCUACUUGAUGGGUCUGGUUGCCUCCAUUUUUGCGUUCCGAUAUUAUCAUUUGCCUAUUCGUGCUGGUGCAGGCUGGGCAUGGGGUCCUCGAAGCGAUGAACGUGCGUUCUGGGCAGGCGUUGGACGACAAGGCUAUGCUGGUACAGACGAGGAGCUCGGCGUAUAUUCUCCUCAACGCGACGUGGGCCAUUCUGGAGAUACAUCAUACCCACCCAUGACAUCUGCCCUCGCUCAACGGAAUGUUCGCCAGAAUACAGACCAAGAGCCUAGACCCAGCCAAAACUUCCAAGACGUGGAGCUACAGAGGAUGGAUGAUUCUGAUCGACUAGAAAACAGGUUCCCUGAUGAGCGGUUCACUGAAAACCGGUACGGUGACGCCCAUCAUGCUGAGAACCGUGUCUAGAACCGCGGAAUAUCGCAGUCUAAGCAAGGUGUUUCUUCACAGCAAGACAUGCAGUGAUGGUAUGAGUAUGUAUAUGUAAUUCAGAUGGAUGGUAUAUUCAGGUUCCAGGGAGAAGGUGACCCCUAUGAAUAUCGGUCAGCAUUGAAUUUUUGUUUGUAAUGAAUGGAAAGCGAACAGCUUGCGGGCAGAUAGACCACUUGAUUUUUUGAUACGACAUGACACGAACAAGGAAAUGACCGAUUGAUACCAACCACAGCCAACGUGACUAUCAAUGAGACAUUAAAAUAAUUGCUUGC